AUGACCCGAGUAAAACAGUUCGUCAUUGAUUUCGCCUCGGCUUUUAUGAGCGACGCUAGCUCAACCGGCUUCGGGGCUGUCAUGUACAGUGCCAAUGUGGCUGGUGUGGUACCCCUCAGGUGCAACGUAUCGUUGUUUAAUUUCGCCCGGUCAGUUCGAUCGUUGCCCCACCCAAAAGACGGAACCAACACUGAUAUAGGCAUCAACAAGAUGAGGAAGAUGUUCGCUGCAAGAAGUCGACCGCGUGUGCCCAUGUCCGGAAUCGUUAUUACUGACGGCAGAUCGAAGUUACAAAACAGAACAGCCAUUGAAUCGCGACUGGCGAAAGCUCAAGGCAUUCAAAUGUUUGCAAUUGGAAUCGGUUAUUUGAUUGAUAAAAAAGAGCUGGAGUCAAUUGCCAGCAUUGGCAACGUCAUGACGGUCGCUAGUUUUCUCGAAUUGCAGGGUUUGAUUCAUCAACUCUACCCGAAAGUCUGUCCUCGUAAGUUUAUCUUUUACGUUUACUUUUAG